AUGGCCCGAGUAGAAGACGGCGGUCCGCCGCACCCAGAUCUUGAGAACAGUCACCGAGUGCGCAUCGGGGGUCUCUCUUACAGCGUCGUCGACGACUCUGCAUACGUCGAAGCGCAGAUUGCGCUCGUCUGGCCAUAUUCCAGUUCGACUCGGCAAUAUGCCUUCCUACUUUCCGAGACAGACACACGGCCGUUGAAGUCUGGCCGCCAGCUCAAGGUAAUUCUUCACAAUGGCGCAGCACGAGCGGUCCAAAACACAAGGGUUGGAAUCGGCGAUAGAAUCAGACUGUCUCUACGGGGUGCUGUGCCGGCUGAGGCGCAUGACAAGGAUGCAACGCCCGGCAGAAGAUAUGGGUGGGAUCUUGAAUACCGCGACACAAUUGUGCUAGAGGUCAUCCGUGGCCCCGGCGAGAACAACACUGUCGUGCAACACAAGUCAUCUGCUCAAGUUUCUACAAAUGGUACAAAUGGUUCAACUAACGGCCACACUGUGGGAGAGAUCUCCUUCGAAUCGAGCCUCAACGAUGCUUCUACCAAAGUCGACGCAUUGGCGUUCUCGUUCAAGUCCCCUGCACCUCCGAGGUCGAGCGGCAUAGGGGCUGCGCAUUUCGACUCAGACGAUCCGUUCGCGUCGGAUAUUGAGCAAGAGUCUGGGAGAUCACGAAAGCGUACGAAGUUUGCCCGACCAAGUGGCGCUUGGACGCUUGUAAUUGACGACCAGGACGAUGACUACCCUAGCUCGCCGCUUGAUGGUGACAGAAUUGGGAAUGGGCUUGUAGCACAGCCUCGCAGGCCAUCAGACUCUGGAGAAGACACAGCCUUUGCAGAGGAUUUGCAGCCAAGUCACAUACCUGCAGAUAAUACUUCUAGGGUCGACCAUUCUGAUGGAAACGUCUCGUCAAGUAUUGCUGGUCCUGCAGAUCUUGGAAAGUCACCUUUGAUCGAGACCGAAGCUUUACGACCUACCCUACCGGCCUUGGAGGAUGGGAACGACACUAAAAACGUGGUCCCAGCAUCUCCUGGAGAUGGCUUCAGGCCAACCUCGAUUCUAACUUCGUCAGGCCCAGAAACCAUUGAGUAUGCCACAACGGCAGAAGACGAGGCCAGCACCGAGCGCACAGAUCUGCAUGGUGUAGAUCAACCAGUCAUAGACACAUCAGACACCAAACCAUAUGCUUACAUUCCAUCAGAUGGGGACGUCACCGCAAAACCUUCGGUAGACUUUCAGAGAAGCAUAGACACAUCGCCAGAUCUAGCAGGACAGCCAGCAAUUGGAGCCAUGGCACCUCCAAUAACGCCUGCCCGAUCGAGGAUGCAGUUGGACAUCCCAAUGGUGCACGAAAUCGUCGACACCCGCGCAACUACUCCUCGUCUGGUUCCUCUAGCCUCUCCUGGUCUUCCACUCGUAUCGCCAUUGGUCAAACAAGCUGGUGUCGAGACCGGCUACUUUCCUUUCAUGUUUGGCGACAUGUCAGAACUGGACAAGGACAGUCAGCGGCCAGUCGAAUCCGCGCAGCUGCAAGUAGACAAUGUCACAAGUACGGACCUCGCCACGAAUGCUCGAUCGUCGCAGGUUGAGCAGAACGUCCCAGGAGAGACUGAUAGGGUCAAAUCCGUGGCCGAACUGCCGCUGGACACAGGUGGCGAAGCAGAGUCCUCGGAACAGGCAGAGCCAGAGCCUAUUCAGCAAUCUGCACCAACGCUGCUGGAUCCGCUUCUUUUGCACAACGAAGAGCCUUAUGCCGCUACAGGGAUGUCAGCCAUCGAAGCAGACACUGUCGCAAAGACAACCGACGCACUCUCUUUUCUGGAAGAGUUCCUACAAAUGUCGCCUGCCGUCGAAAGCCAUCCGCCGACUGCGAUCCCGAGUAUGGGCGAAAUAAGCGCUAUCUCAACUCUGCCAGAUCAAGUAGCGCCGUCUACCAACGAUGAUCAGGCUGCGAUCGUCGCCGAAGGACGACCUCAGCUGGCGGAGACAGAGCUUGAUGCGCGGCCGGAGCUCGAGCACAACUCGCGCCCUACCUCGCGUCAGGUGCAUACAGACGGCGCCUUGGAUUACACGGACACUGCUCAAGUCACCCACGCAGAACGUUCGCAGGUCGUAGUGGAAGACGGAAAUCACGAUGCCAACAAGCAUGCUCCGGUAACGAGUGAGCAUGUUAGUACGUUGAACGCCGAGAGCGAUGCAAUUGCCAUACCUGAACCUCGUAAAGUCACGCACAUCUCGAACGGAAACGCAGUUGACGAGGAGAAUUACCUUCCUACCCCUGCCGCCACGCAGCGGAAUGAACAAAGCGACAUAGCCACAGAAGCGAAGCCUCACGAGAUUCCUGACAAUUCUCAAGGCAAUCGAAAUCGAGUGAUUGCGGAAAGUUUCGAGCAACCGCCGCCCGAAACACCACUCGCAAAAACGCCGAGCAACUCGCAGUUGAACCGUCUUGCACCAACUCCCGUCACAAAUAGACGUGCGUCACAAAGACUCACUCGCAAGUCUCAAGGCUCUGUGUCCAUCGAGAGCCCGUUCUUCUCCGCCUCGAAAACGAUCGUUGCUGAGCAGAAACGAGGCUCUGCUCAGCAUGGUCUGUCCGCGGACAAUGAUGCAGAGAUGGUGCCCAUUCCACAAGAAGUGCCUGCAGCAAAACAGAUGUUUGGUCUACAGACACCCCUCAGCUACUACCCGUCUCUUCACUCGCUCCAACGUUAUUUCUACCAAGAAGUCGACAUCAUUGCUAUCUGCGCGGAGCCUUCCUCCAAGCCCGCCCAGUCGACCCGCGGACCUCGCGACUGGCACACUACUUUGCGCCUCGCAGAUCCUAGCUUGCCUGCCAAAGAUGGCCACAGCAUUUCUGUCCAGAUCUUCCGGCCUUACAGAGUCGCUCUCCCACGUGCGUCCGCUGGCGAUGCGGUGAUUCUCCGAAACUUCAAGGUGCAGACAGCAAAACAUCAAUGGGCACUGCUGAGCACAGAAGAAAGCGCGUGGGCGGUGUUCAGCGGUGCUACUAUGCACAGCUCAGAUAAGGUCAAGAUGAGCGGGCCACAGGUGGAGUACGGCGAGGAGGAGGCCGCGAGAAUCAGGCAGUUGAUGGGUUGGUGGCAACUAAAAGACUCGGCGAUACCUGGGCUGCAGCACGCAGAGACCGUGGAAGAGGGAAGCGCUGAGCAGGCCGAAGAGGAGUCGUCUGACGCAGCUGCCCUCGAGGCGGAAGAAGACAGUAUUGAAGUUCUGCCUACGAUCGAAGAAGUAGAGUCUUCCUCGCCGCGUCGAUCGCGCCGCCUCAACGACAAUGUCGAAAAUGAUGCUCUUGAAAACGACAACGACACCGAUGCAACGCCGGUAAAAAUGGCACAAGCAGUACCGGAGGCUCCACGUCCGCUACGCCAACAACCAUCUCGAAGAGCUCGAACGAAGACACCAACAACGGCCAGCACUGUGACUACAACCGCUCCGCCCUCGCCACGGACUCAGCGCAAAAAGAGAACACCGUCGAUUGCCAUCUCUGAAACAUCGCCCUCAGCAUCAGCAGCGUCUCCACCACCAGCACCACCAUCGCCAGUCCAAACUCGGACCCGUCGUGCAACACGAAGCACCCACUCGCCGAAUCCUAGCAUGGCGAGUAUUGCUGAGACUGCCUCUUCGAUCGCAGGAACAAGUCAGGCCUCUCCAAUGAUCGAGACAUUCCCUGCCACGGCGUCUUCCUCGAAGGGUCCCACGACCAGACGGGCAAGACAGCGAUCGCCGCAAAAAGCCACACAAGCACGAGCACCUCCACAGCAACAGAGCUCUGACCCUGGAUCAUUUCGUGACCAAGAGCAAAUUCAAGUCCAGGAGUCUAGCAAGCGCACAACACGCAGCACCCGCCGCAGAACUGCCUCCCCAACAGCGCCAGUCCUUGUGCACGAGCUGAGAGAUGGAAUGAGAUAUGUGGACGAGACAGCAGCCCCUGGCAGUGCGAGUCAUGCUGCUGAGGAGGAGGUCGCGGCCAAGGAGAAGAAGAGGGGCGUAGUCACAAGCGAGAGGAGAAAGAGAGGUUUGCGGAGCGAGGACGUGCAUGUUCUGCGGGAUGGGAACCGGUGGGUGGACUGA